UCAACGGUAGCCGGUCCACGCUCUGUGCCACGCCUCAGAAAAAAAAAGAACCCUUCGCAAGAAGAGACGGGACCCCCAGAAGACCGUGGCCAUGAUGGAGUGGCAGACACUGCUGCUGCCCCUGCUGUCUGUGAAGAUGGAGAACACCCUGCCUCUGCUGGGGGAGAAGGCUGAGAAGGACUUGGCAGCCGUGUGCGAGGAGAAGGAGAAGCUACAGGGGCGGGUGCUGGAGCUGAGGCGCCAGCUGCUGCUCCCGCAGAAACAUCAGGCUGCUGCCAUCCUGGAUGCCCAGGUGGAACUGCUGGGUCCUUUUCAGGCCGUGGCAGAGCGCUUCAAGGAACAAUACAAGACACUGGCCACAGCCCUGGAUACCGCUCAACGCGAGCUGUCCGUGCAGGCCAUCCACGUGCAGGGAAGCCAGCAGGAGCUCCUAGAUGAUCUGCAGCUGGCCCUGAGGACCACCCUGCACCUCCUGGGUGAGCUGGGCAUCUGCUCCCCAGAUAGCAGUGUACAGGAGCCGUGCCUGCUGGAGGAGUUCAGGAGCUUGACCAUGAAAAAGGACCUGGAGCUCUGCAGGAUUGUUGACCAGGUGCUAGAACUUUCCUCCCAGGCCAGCAAAGAAGUAACCUUGAUAAACCAGGAAGUCUGGGAAGAGGCCCCAGGCACCCCCACCUGCAGCCAGUGAUAGUUCAGUCCAGAUGUCCUCAGGGGCCAUGGUCCCCUCUCAGGGCAGGACUGAUCCCAAUGCAGGCCUGGCCCUUGAGUGGCUCCAGGCAGCCCGUCCUGCUGUUUUGUGGAUAUUUCCCAGCUGCCUUUUCAGCUGUUGACAUUCCCUCCGUGCCUUGUUCAAAGACUGAAGGAAGUCCCGGGGAUGCAGUUUUCUGAAAAUUUUGUGCACUUUCCACCUGGGACAUCUUUAGCACUUCUGGGUUUGCUGACUCGUGGUUUGUGUUUCAUUGCCCGUCACUGCAGCAAAAGAACAACAGGUGUGUCCUGUGACAAUGAAGCAUCAGGCAGGCGACUGAAAGAGGGUAGCGCAGAGUAAGGAUGACCAAUGUAGGAGCAGGGGUUGUCUGAAGACUGUAGGAAGGAAGGUGGCUGGAUUAACAAGAGGUUGACAGCAAUGAAAAACAAUCAGGAGCUGGAAAGAUGUCUUGGUGGUUAAGUGCACUUGUUGUUCAUGCAGAGGAC